CUUUCGUUUUUAAUUCGUCACAGAAUCAAAUCCUCUCGUAUUUUCGUGUCUUGGAUUGAUGGGAUGAAAUAACACCAUGUCCUCUUCUUCGCAUGAUGCUGGUGGUGGUGAUUUCUCUUAUUGAUAAAGAGAUCAUUUUUUUCAAAGCAGAAGAUUGGUUCUCAUAGAAAGUGAGAGAUAGAGUAUCUCAGACAUUUCCAAAGUCUUAAGAUGGCAUUUGGCUUGCUGUGUUCCGCGAAAAUCUUGCACUACUUAUGUGGAGGAAAACUCAAUAGAGAGCUCGUGAGCAAGUUUAUCAAAUCAGUGAGUUACAUGGUUGCCUUUGUUGACGAUGCCGAAGAGAGACAGAUCAGAAACCCUCAUGCAGAAGCAUGCCUUGAUGAUGUCAAAGAUGUUAUGCUUGACGCCGAGGAUCUCUUGGAUGAAAUCAACAUUCAUGUUUUGCAGUGCAAGUUUGAAGCUGAAUCCCAAAUCCGUGUUACUAGACCUAGUAAGUUGUGGACUCUCUUCAGUGCUUCUUCUAGUUCAAUUGACAAGAAAAUUGAAUCUAGAAUGCAAGAAAUUGUUGAUAACCUAGAAUGCCUUGUAAACAAAAAGGAUUUACUUCUUUUGAAAGAGCAUACUAUUGGUUUUGGUGCUGCAUCACAAAAGCUGCCUUCGACAUGUUUGCCUCUUGAAUCGUUUAUAUAUGGUAGAGAUGGUGACAAAGAUAUUAUAUUUGAUUGGCUCGUAUCCGACACUGAGAUGCUUUCAAUAAUUUCACUUGUUGGUAUGGGAGGGAUGGGUAAAACCACCAUUGCCCAACAUUUAUACAAUGACCCGAAGACGAAGGGAAUUUUUGAUCUUUCAGCUUGGGUAUAUGUCUCAGAAAAAUUUGACAUUUGUAGAAUAACAAGAGAAAUCCUCAAAGAAGUCACUAAUUCAACUUAUGAUGAUAGUUUACAAUUGAACAUACUUCAAGAAAAUUUGGUGGAAAAACUAAUCGGGAAGAGAUUUCUUCUUGUUUUAGAUGACAAUUGGAAUGAGAACUAUAUGUUGUGGGAAGCUUUGCAGGCUCCUUUUGGUUUUUGGGCUCGGGGAAGCAAAAUUCUUGUCACUACACGUAGUAAGAAAGUCGCUUUAGUCAUGAAUUCAAAUAAAUUGCACCAGCUUGAGCAAUUAGAAGAAGAACAUAGCUGGAAAUUGUUUUCUAAACAUGCAUUCCAAGAUAAAAAUGAUUCUCAGAUAAAUCCUAAGUUUGAGAAGAUUGGUAAGAAGGUAACGAACAAAUGUCAAGGAUUGCCUCUAGCUUUGGAAGCAAUUGGAGGUCUCUUGAAUACAAAGUCAUCCUUAUUGGAAUGGAAGAAGAUAUUGUCAAGCGAGAUAUGGGACUUAAAUAUAGAGACUAAAAUCAUCCCUACUUUGAUAUUGAGCUAUCAAAACCUUCCUUAUCAUCUCAAGAGAUGUUUUGCCUACUGUGCCUUAUUCCCAAAAGGUUAUUUGUUUGAAAAGGGUGAUUUAAGUUUAUUAUGGAUGGCUCAAAAUUUUCUACAAUACCCUGAACAAAAGGUUGAGAGUCGGAGAGAAGUUGGUGAAAGGUAUUUCAACGAUCUACUACUAAGAUCAUUUUUUAAACCGUCAAAAAAGUACAAAAAUGUUUUUGUAAUGCACAACAUUCUCCAUGAUUUAGCAAAAUAUGUAUAUGGAAAAUUUUGCUUCACGUUGAAAGUUAAAGAUGCCCAAAGUAUACCAAAAUUGACUCGCCAUUUUUCAUUUUUAUGUGAUGAACUUGAAUCUUUUGAUGGAUUCGAGAUCUUACACCAUGCUAAUAGAUUACACACAUUUCUACCAUUAUCUAUGGAUUCUUAUCAACAUCGAUGGUGGUUGCGCUUGAAGUAUGACACUGUGAUGUUGCCUGAGUUGUUUUCCAAGCUCAAGUUAUUACGUGUCUUGUCUUUAUGUGCUUAUUGGGAUAUGACUGAGUUGCCGGAUACAAUAGGCGAUCUUAAACAUCUACAAUACCUCGAUCUUUCUCGGACUAGAAUCAGAAACCUUCCCGAUUCUUUAUGUUCUCUCUAUAAUCUUCAACUAUUGAAAUUGAGGGACUGUGAAUAUUUUGAAGAGUUACCCGUGAAUUUAUAUAAGCUCGUGAACUUGUGCUAUUUGGAUUUUAGUGGAACGAAAGUUAGAAAAAUGCCAAAAGAAAUGGAAAAGUUGAAGAAUCUCGAAGAAUUGAGUUCUUUUUAUGUGGACAAGGAUAGCGAGUCCAAUAUCCAACAGUUAGGAGAAUUCAAUCUGCACGGAGAACUAUCUAUUUUAGAGAUUCAAAACAUUGUGAAUCCCCGGUAUGCAUUUUUGGCAAAUUUGAAAAAUAAAGUAUACCUUGUGAAACUAGAGUUAACAUGGAAUGAAAAUAGUGAUAAUUCGCAGAAAGAAAGGGAAGUGCUCGAGAAGCUACAACCUUCUAAACGCUUGAAGAAGUUGUUAAUCAAGAACUAUGGCGGUACACUCUUUCCAUAUUGGUUUGGAGACAAUUCAUUGUCAUAUGUUGUAUCCUUAAAGUUGAGUAAUUGUAGAAACUGUAUUUUGAUUCCAUCACUUGGAGCUAUGUCAUCACUCAAACACCUCCGGAUUAAAGGGUUAUCUGCCAUAGUGGUGAUUGGUAGGGAAUUUUAUGGAAAUGGGACUAUUCCAUUUCCAUCAUUGGAAACCUUAACUUUUAAAGAUAUGAGUGGAUGGGAAAAAUGGGAAUAUGAAGUCGGAAGGGAUGCUUUUCCGCGUCUACAAAAACUUUCUAUAGUGCAAUGUCCCAAUCUAAAAGACAAAUUGCCUGAAAAACUUCCUUGUUUAGUAAAUUUAGAAAUUCUUGAUUGCAAACACCUCUUGGCUUCUGCUCCGUUCUCUCCGGUCAUUCGUGAAUUAUGUCUCACUUAUUGCAGAAAGUUGCAAUUUGAAUAUCAUUCAUCUACUAUGAAGUUUCUUGUGAUUAGUCGAUGUUGCACAGAUGAAUCCUCCGUGGAAUGGACCGGAAAUAUCUUGUCUCAUUGUUCUACCUCUAUUAGAACGUUGAAAAUUGAAGAUUGCCCAACUAUGAAUAUUCCCCUAGGCAGCUGCUACAAUUUCCUUGUAAAACUUGACAUCACAAGUAGUUGUGAAUCUCUAAAGACCUUCCCAUUGGAUCUAUUUCCAAAACUUGAUUCUCUUGACAUUUAUAAGUGCUAUAACUUUGAAAUGAUUUCACAGGAGCAUGAACAUCUUCUACUUACAUCUUUAUCAAUUGAAGAGUGUCCGAAAUUCGCAUCAUUUCCCAAAGGAGGAUUGGCUGCACCUAAGCUACAGUAUUUGCUAAUUUCCAAAUUGGAGAAUUUAAAAUCAUUGCCUGAAGGCAUGCAUAUCCUGCUUCCAUCUCUUUAUAAGCUGUCUAUAGAGGAUUGUCCACAACUGAAUUCUUUCUCCAAUGGUGGUUUUCCAUCAAGCCUAAGAAGCCUCUUUCUCAUGAAAUGCUCCAAACUUCUCAUCGACUCACUGAAACUGGCAUUCCCAACCAACACAUCUAUGUGUGACAUGUAUAUUCAAGAAGUGGAUAUGGAGUCCUUUCCCAGUGAAGGGUUACUUCCCCUCUCUCUUACUCGUAUAACUAUCACGUAUUGUCCAAAUCUCAAACAACUUGACUACAAGGGUAUCGACCACCUCCCCUCUCUUACAACAUUGAUUCUUAAUAACUGUCCCAACAUCCAAUGCUUGCCAGAGGAGGGUCUGCCUAAAUCCAUUACAACUCUACAAAUUCGGGGAAAUUGUCCAUUGCUCAAACAGCGAUGUAAGAAACCAAAUGGCGAAGAUUGGCAGAAGAUCUCACACAUUGAAUGUGUAAUCAUUGAUAAUUAACUCAGUGUUCAUGUUUGGUGAUGAAUGUGAAACCAAAAAUAUGGUGAAGUGCUAAAGUUCAGGACAUAGAGAAGACAAAGAUUAAUUGUAAUCCUUUACAAGGAGUUGAUUGUGCCUUUGGAAUCUUGUUUGAAGAACAAUUUUGAGAGUUGAUUUCUACAGGAACAAUUUGUAAUGAUAAAAAUACUAUGUGAUAUCUUUCAUGAAUUUCAAUCUU